GCCCAAAAAGACCGGAGGGACUUAGGGAGAAGAGAGAGAGAGAGAGCCGUCUCUUAUUCCCUUUUAGGGGGGUUUUGCACUCUCAGUGAUCUUCCCCAAAAGCCCAAUUCCCACAAUCCCACCCUGCAAUACCCAUCUCUCGUCUUCCUUUCCUCACUCUCUCUCUCUCUCUCUCUCCCUCUGUGCAGCCUCUACUCUCUCCUGGUCUCUGUAUCUCCAGCGUCCAUCGAUGAGGAUCCGAAAGCGAUGGCCUUCCCAACCAGCACCACCAUCGUCCCUUCCUCAACUUACACCAUUAGCACCAGAUCCCCCCUCUUCCACACCCCAACCACCUCUUUCGUCACCCCUUGAACCAUCUCCAGGGUCGUUGCACCUCCAUCCCGAUCGCUUCGUUGAAACCAACAACCACCACCUCCGUCUCCCAUGCGAUUCACCUCCCAAUCCAUCCCUCACCCGUCCCAAACUGGAGGAUCGACAUCCCUCGGAUCUGCAGCUCACCAUGGUUAAAGGAGCUAACGGCUGGAUUUGCUCCAGCAGCAGCGAGAGAGAUGAAUCCGGGCAACCCACGAAGAAGAACAAGGUCGAUUGCAUGCACCCCGGUCUUACACAGGACUCUCAAUCCGGCGAAGUAGAGGAAGAAGCUGCCGACGACAGAAGAUUCCCUACUGUGACUAAUCGGAGAAAUGAGAGCUACCCAGGUGCAGCGACAUCUGCUGGAGUUGGCAACUCAUCAGUGUCGUCGUCGUCUUGGUCUCGUCCAGGUGGGAGAUGGUGUGACGGAGAGAAGGUAUUUCCGUUGAAGAAGAGAAGGGGGGAUUUCGAGCGGAAGGUAAAUGGCGAUACGAUGACAGAGAAAGAGAAGAAAAUGAAGAGUAGAGUGAAAACGAAAACAAACAAGAAAUGGGUUCAUCAGCAAGUUGAAAACGAGGAUGAACAAGAAGGGGAAGAAGAGGACGACGACGAAAAAGAAGAAGUAGAGGACGACGACGAAGAGCGAAAGUACGAUCGGAUUAAACUGAACGGUACGAGCUUGAUGAAGAAGAGAGGAAACAGUGGUGUGCUGAUGGAAGGCUCGAGGUGCAGUCGUGUUAAUGGUAGGGGAUGGAGGUGUUGCCAACAGACAUUGGUUGGUUAUUCUCUUUGCGAGCACCACUUGGGCAAGGGAAGGCUGAGGAGCAUGAGCAGCGUUCCUUGUCGCGCUUCUGCAGUGGCUAGACCCAAGAAGGAAAAAGAACGAGGUCUGUUAUCGUCGUCGUCGUCAUCCUCGACAUCGCAGCUACAUCUGAAGGGAUUUAAGUUUAAGGAGGAGCUGGAGGAAGAGUACGGAGAAGAAGAAGACGAGGAGGAGGAGGAGGAUAAGCCAUUAACGAUCACAAAGAAGAGAAAGAAGAUUGGUAUGGUGAAGGCUCGAUCUAUAAGCAGUUUGCUUGGCCAAACAUACCAUGCACCAGCACCACCGGUAAAUCUACAACCAUCUACUAGUAUUACUACUACUGAUACUAUUAGUAACAACGUAAUAGUAUGAAACUUUAUUUUCAUCUCUCAAUGUUAUCGAAAAAUCUUUGGUCGGAUAGAUAUAGAGCGCUUGAGCGAUGUAUUUCUGUUGCUACUUUGUCAUUUUCUUGUUCAAUUCUAUUAUUUUGGUUGGUUGAUUACACCAAGCAUGCAAGGACAAGAGGAUAUAAAUUUAUCAACUUUUGAUUGUCGAA